AGCUGUGUGAUUCAGACCAACUGAUAAUACUGAUAAUCAGGUCAAUAUGUUCCCAUAUAUUAUACUCAUAUGAUGCAGCUAUAUAAAAAUAUUUAUUAUUAUUAUCAUUAUUAUAUCGAUCACACCAGAAUUUCCUGAUUUUUAUUAAAACGAACGUAAAUCAUGAAAUGGGUGAAUAUAAAGAUUUACCGGUAAUUCGACUGAUGUUCAUUGUGUCACUUUAGGUAAACUGUUAAACGACUGUUGCACUCCCUCGUCCCCAUAGAAACACGGCGUUAACUGUCAAAUCGCUCAUGUUGCGCUAAACUCUUGAUUGACCUCUUAAUCCGUUUUGGUUUCUUUUGAUCAAGAACAUAAUUAACGAUUGUUAAUCUAACAAUCGUCAAACAAUACACAUCCAAACAUAACAUUUUGAUGUUACAAUGUCCGAAUUGGAUUUGGACAACAUGUGGGAGGAGGAAGAGGAUGGAUGGCUGUAUGAAGGAAUUGAAACCAGGGAUAAUACAGAUGAAAUGGAAAUAAUAUACUGCACAGCCACAGCACAUGAAACUGCAAAGGAUCAUGGGGGUGAGAUGGAAACGCAGAAUGCAGAGGGAGACAACCCAGAGGAAGACAGCAACCAAGAUAAUGAAGAUGAUGAUGAUGACGAUAAUGAUGUUUGUGUCACCAUAGGAACCAUAAAUGCAGGAGCCUCAUCGUUAUGCACCAUAAAAUCUCACAGUAUUCGAUCCACAUCCUUGACAGUUGGAUCUGGGGGAAGGCCCAAUCCUAUAGCCAAGGCUCUGGACCUGAACGCCCUGGGCGACGUCCAGGGAAUCCCCUUGCUGUGGGUGGACAUCGAGGAGAAACCGUGGAGGAAACCUGGUGCCGACAUUUCAGAAUACUUUAACUACGGCUUUAAUGAGGACACCUGGAAGGCCUACUGUGGGAAACAGAGAAGAAUCAGAGGAGGUUGGGAGAACUUCUCUGCGUCUUCCAGAAUGAAGGUCCAGAGGGGGCGUACAGACCCAGCAAACAAAGAAUUCCUGUUUGAUCGUCCCUCAUUAUGCUCUGUAUACCAACCAGAUCUGAGGAGGUGGAGUGGCGCUAUCGAUGUGAUUGGAGGACAAACUGCUACCCUCAGCAGGCAGGAAGGGCGCAGACGUAACCGAGGAAACGCCAAACAGGUGCUCUCUGAGGCGUCACGUGAUUCGUCGGCCAAUAAGAUGAUUUCCUUCCUCCGGCCCAACAUCCCCCCGCCCCCUCUACCCCCCCCCCUGCCCGAUGUCAGCUCUGGUGCUCAGCUUCUCCUCCUGCAACGGUGUCUCUCGCCUCCUCCUCCAGGGUUCUCUUCCAUGGACAGGAUGCACUAUAAAAGCAGGAGAGACUUGGAGAGUAACCGGGAGAGAGAGAAAGGCCGGGCAAGAGAGCCCGGAUCGACCAUGGUUGCAACUAGGAACACACACAGGCAAGAAAACACUGAAACCAAACAGAUAAUGAGAGAGAGAGAGGGAGAGAGAGAGAGAGAGAGAGAGUGAGAGAGAGAGAGAGAGAGAGAGAGAGAGAGAGAGAGAGAG